GAUUGGCACAGGCCUUGACAAGACUAGCGGGUAUCGAAAAUGGGUGGAUGGAUUUAAAAAAAAAUAAAAUAAAACGUUUUGACGUUUGUUUAAUAUCUUUCUGUUAAUAACCGUAACAUGUCACAGUGUGUGGGGCUGCACCUUCUGAAUGACUGCUGGAUCUUCUUCCUGUACCCAGCGGCGGUGAUGAAGCACUCAAGGCGUGAUCUUCCGCGUUGGCUCACGGCGCUGCAGUGUUGUCAGACGCCCUCAACUCUGUUCACUGCACGCAUGUUGAAAUAUUCACAUUUGGAACCGAGUCAAAAAGAGGAAAUGAGUCUUUCAUCGCUCGCUCCUUGUGCUUCUGUGAGUUUAAUUUCGUAGUACCGCUGAAGGGUGACGCUUCAAGGCAAAAUGAAAGACCGACUGUGCGAGCUGCAGACCUUCCCCUCUGCCCCCACAGAGGAGGAGAGGGGCCCCAACGAGGACGAGGAGCUGCUGGAGCAGCACGCUGUCGUCUUCCAGGGCGAGGACGUGAUGGACAGCAUCUACAAAGACGCCCAGAUGAUGAGGAAGGAGAUGCUGCUUCUCAAGUUGGACGUGAAGCGCAUGGGGAAGCAGAACACACGCUUCCUCACGUCGGUGAGGAGGUUUAGCAGCAUUAAGCGGGACGCCAACGCGCUCGGUAGGGACAUCAAGGCACGGGGGGAGGCCAUCUACGCCCGGCUGGAGAAGAUGGGGAAGCUGAGCAAGGAGCUGGAGGAAGAGCAUGGCCCCACGUCGGCCGUGGCUCGCAUGGUGCGCUCGCAGUAUGUGUCCCUGACCAGCGCCUUCCAUGAAGCCAUAUCCGAGUUCAACGAGGCCGAAAUGAUCCAGAGGGAGAACUGCAAAAACCGCAUCCAGAGGCAAGCGGAGAUCAUGGGCAAGGAGGUGAGCAGGGAGCAGAUAGACGAGAUGAUCGAGACGGGGAAGUGCAACAUCUUCGUGGAUAAUCUCCUCCAGGAGGGCAGGACUGCUAGGUCGGCUCUGAACGAGAUAGAGAACAGGCACAAGGAGCUGCUGGAGCUGGAGAGCCGCAUCAAGGACAUCCACGAACUCUUUUUUCAGCUGGCGCUGCUGGUGGAGGAGCAGGGCUCCAUGCUGGACAACAUAGAGGCCAACGUUGGCGCGACUCAGGACUACGUCGCCAAGGCUACGGUUGAGAUCAAGAAGGCUGUGAAGUACAAGAAAAACAAUCCGUGCAAGAAGCUUUUCUGCUGCUGCUUCCCUUGCUGCAAAUGAGACUUGUUUAGCAAAACGAUUCCUUUAUCCAUAUCUACAGAGCUGACCCCAGGCAUGAGCACAAUCUUCAAAUUUGUGUCUACUUUUAAGUGAGUUUUAAGAUUACGGGGCCUUAAAUCAGCUGCUGCCCCAGGAUCCUGUAGAAUCUUGGGCCGGCCAUGUGUCUGUGUCUAUUUAAUUUAAAGUGUUGCACUGCAGCCCAACAUCAGUACUUUGACAUCACAGUUCUUUUUGUUUUUUUACAGUGUUAAGAAGAAGGAAGAGUCACUUCAAACCACACACUCAUGCAAAACUGAGAGUGUAAUUUGGAUGUUACAUUUCCUGAUUGUUACUUUGAUUAUAUUUUAAGCAGCUCCCUCUGACCUCCUGUAAAGACAUAAAUCUAAAGUACAAUACCUUUUAACUUUGUGUUUAGGCUCUCAGCUUUGUCAUUUUUGCAGUGUAAAAUAUUUAAAUGUGAUUUUUUUUAAAGUGAGAUUAAAUGCCUUCGAGUGGUUUGGACGGCGCAAGCAUGAAACUGGAAAUAACAGCGGUUCUGGUUCCUGCUGCAGCUGCUGUUGUUCAGCAGGUCUUUAGAAAUACAUUAAGGCCUCUAAUUAAGGGAAGAUAUGUUUACAUGCUUUACGAAACUAUAGCCUGGCCAACCUAAUUCACCUACAGGCCUUUUGUUGUCUUUCUCGACUGAGAGCUCCUGCAGUUUCAGAUGAAAUGGUAUUAUCUUAAGUCAACAGUACACAACAGAAGCCAGUCACGUAAUACGUCAGCUUUUCUCGUGACCUGAAUCUAUCUAUGUGUUUGCUAAGGCUGAGGAACAACAAUAGAAUGGAGAGCAGAUCAGAAGGCUCUCGGUUCGUGCAGCGGGCCUUCUGGCCGCGCGACAGCAAGGUGAAAAUGUGCGACACGCCAUCUCCCACAGGAGGUGCCAGUUGUCAGCUGGUAACAUGAAGGUGAGUCAGAUGGCCGUGGUUGUCGUGGGCGUUUUCAAACUGCAACGUCGCCACUCAAUGUUGAAAUGAGUCUGCAAUGAUUGCACUUCCUCCAUCAGCAGCAUCGCUGUGGUUUACAUGGCUGAGGCAGGGGGGGCUUACAGGCAGUGUGACCAGCUCUGUCAGAGGCGUUGCACCAAGACUUUACAAAGUUGCCCGUCGUCCGCACACGACUGCUCACGUUUGUUUUGUUGUGGUUAGCUGCAGACCCCAGCCUGGCAGAGAAGGUUUAGGUGUAGGAGAUUAGAGUCGAUGGGCUAAAUCCUUGUGGGUUUGCAACCCCCAGGUUUGAUGGGAAGUGUGGCUGUUUGAGAGUUAUGUGUGGGCUUAUUGCCUGUACAUGUAGGAGGGUGGGAAACUCAAGAAAAAAUUCCUUUAAAAUAUUUACAUAUGAUGAAUAAGGGCUUUUCAUCCAGGCUUCAAAGUUAAGGACAACAUUUACAUUAGUAAUCUUGGAACAUCAUUAAGUCACUUGUCAAUUUUAACCUUAUUUAACUAUUUUUAUAAUGCUGUCCGGUCUUAACACACAGACAAAACAGUAUCGAAACUACAAGACACAAGGACUCAUUAAACAUUGUUGUGUGAAUUUGGUGCCAUCUAGCUGUAAGCAGGGUUUCUGCAGGUUUCACCAAUUCAAAUACAUUUUAAGUCCAUUAUCAACGAAAUUUAAUGGACAUUUUUGUACAUGGCAAAAAUGUACAAAAUAACACUCCAUAUUUUAUAUAGUUGUAGUUCCAAGCUUUCUUGCACAGAAUGCACAGCAUCGUAUGGGUUGGCAACAGAAGCAAAUCAGUAGCAAAGACUGUCGUCCAGCAACUGGCAAUAAAAUGACGCUUUUAUCUAGACGCACAACGCUAGCUAGCUAGCAAGGGUAUGCUAACAGCUAGUUAGCAGUAGCCUCAAGUCACAGAACGUCAUAAAAAUACCCGUAUGCGACGCAAACGUUUGCCUGGCAGAAAAAUCCCAUGGUAAAAAUAUACGAGAUGAAAUAGUCCUUGAAAUGUGCUCCUGUAUGUUGGUCUGUCAAAUAAAAUAACAGAAUUUAGUGGUUCUGUUACAAGGAUUAUGAAUACGUUUCCGAGAAACUAACCUUAACAAAUCCAUAAAAAAAUUAGACCCUUUUACCAAAACAGGACAAGAAAGGAAAUGGAUCAUAUUUUAAACUAUUAGUAUAAAUUUCUAGAAAUUUUUUUUAGUGUGAACAGCAAACACCGAGUGCUUAUUUGGUUAAAACUGAUUGAGCUCUUACUUUAGACCAGGAAAUUUAAAAUAAAAAAAGUUCUGUGUAAACAUGGCAGUUUUCAGUUAAGAAUGGUGUUAAACCUGCAUACACAUCAAUAAAUACAAAUAAAUGCAUAAAUACUGGCAGAUCUCUUUAUUACCUACAAACAAACUGACAUAAUUUGGUGCGAGAAAAACAAAACACAGGAGUGAAAAUAAAAGUUAAAAUACUGUCAACACACUGCAGACACAAAAAAUGGCUACAUUUAGAAAAUCAGCAGAUUAAUUUUUUUUUCUCUUGCCUUCUUCCUGGGAUCAUGAACUUAUGGACCGAUGAAUGACCAGUUCCCUUACUAUACAAACAUCUGUUUAAAUUUGAACACUGGGCACAUGUGAUGAAGUAUAGCUUAAGUACCUGGUGGUUCAAGUCAAAAGAAAAGUGAAAAAAGUAAUCCAGAUGCCUAAAAAUAUUUGUAGAAAAAAAAAAUAUAUAUAUCAAUCUGCAGCUGAACUGAUUAAUACAUGUUUCAAACUCACAUGCAGAGUGACAGCAAAAUAUCAAGCAAAAACAAACCGGUCACCUGUAGGAGUUUACAGUACAUGCAUUCAUGUGCAAACCAAUAAUUCACAUCUACACCUAACUGAGGCAGGUUUCUUAAAAAAAAAAAAAGCUUAAAGUACCAAAAUAAAAGUGUAAUAGCACAAGUGGAUAAAAAAAUAAAGCUUUGAGUUUACAGCAACCUCUAAAAAAUAUAUAUAUACAUAAAGAGGAGGGGGAAAAAAAGAUGAAAACUGGCAGCUAAAACCUAAAGUAGCUGACAUUUUCUGCUACCUUUUAUUAAAAAAAACGAUUCAAGCAUUUUCUUUCAAACAGAAACAAAACACACGGUGUUUCAAAACGUGUUUUUAUGCUAACGAAACAAACCUCAAUAUCUGAAAAACAACCUGUUUUAAUACAUCAGCAAUCAGAAAAAACACCCAUAAAAUCUUAGAUUUCUCUGUUGCUGCACUACAACCUGUGCUCGUCAUACUGUGCGCUGUGAUCGUCGUCUCACAACCAACAUCACAACAAAAACAUCCUAAAACCCUGAGACGCCAUCCAUUUUUACCCACCUGGCAGGUAAUGGCAAAAACAUUCAACACAUCAAAAUCAAAGAUGAAAAAAGUAGUGAUGUUCAAAAUCAUUGGUUAAGCUUCCUAAAACCUGGCCAGCAGGGUUUUAUGUCACUUAUGUUUUCACCAAGUACAUUCAUAUUCAUCUCAAUGCUCCAUUUAGAUUUUUGGAGCAAAGAACCCACAAAAAAA